AUGGCGUUUCCGGGUGUGUCCGAGCUACACAAAUGGCAACUUUUCUUAACAUUUCUUUCUAUUACGUGCAGUACCGGCCUUUUUGCCAUCGUGAACGGCAUGUUUACUAUUGAAAUCCCAACAAUCGCUCACGAUGUCGGCUUAGAAGACAGCUUACUACUGUGGGCCCUGUCUAUCGCGUCCCUGGUAACUGCUGCAACGCUACUGCUCGGGGGUUCACUCGUGGAUGUUCUCGGAGGCAAGUCGAUAUAUGUUGCUGGCACUAUGUUACAGGGGCUUUCGACGCUAGCAAGUGGUCUAGCUCGGGACAGCUCACAGACGAUUGUCUUCAGGGGGGUAAUGGGCCUUUCGCAGUCCCUUUGCUUGCCUUCCUCAGUGAAGAUUAUUAUUGAUACUUUUCCAGAAGGUCGAUGGCGCAACCUUGCAUUCGCUAGUAUGGGCGGAGGGCAGCCUGUUGGGUUUGCCCUGGGGCUCGUUCUCGGGGGCGUCCUCGCAGGGACCUGGGGAUGGAGGCAAGGUUUAUACUUGAUUGCAGGUUUGACAUUUGGAGUGGUCAUAUUGACUUCUUGGGGCCUUCGAUCCCCUCCAAGUGAAGGGCUUGUGUCCACUCCUCGACGGUUGCGAGAUGAGAUAGACUGGGUGGGAGUGUUGAUUGCCAGCAUUUGGCUCGCCUCGAUUGGUUAUGUGCUGGCGUCUAUUUCGGUACAGCCAGAAAACAUCAAGCAAGCGGUCAACAUUACUCUGCUUUCCGUCGCAGCACUACUUCCGCCCUUCUUCGUCCUCUGGAUGGAACGCCAAGCUUCGAAAGACAAUGUUCCUCUCAUCCCUAAUUCGAUAUGGAAGAAUACUCUUUUUCGAUAUAUAUGCCUUAGUGUCUUGCUUACUUGGGGUGCUUUCAAUAGUAUUGAGCAGAUCUUGUCACUGUGGUUACAGGUAGCAGGAGAUACGACGCCGAUAAUGACGGGGAUACAGUACUUACCCCAGACUAUCGUUGGCAUCAUCGUCAAUACCAUAGUUGGUCUUUCUUUGCAUUGUUGGCCUGCAGGUCCGAUAAUUAUCGGAACUACUUUGCUAGGAGUGCUACCCCCAAUCAUAUUGGCACUCAGUGAUCCAAACUCGAGUUACUGGGCAGCAGCAUUCCCUGCAUUGUCCAUAAUCGUAAUUGGGCCAGAUAGCCUCUACAUCAUAUCUAACAUUCUUAUCUCCAAAGAAUUCCCAAUAUCACGGCAAGGUUUAGCCGGGGGUAUUUUCAAUACUGUGGCCCAGGUAGGCAAGAGUAUCGGGUUAGCCUUGUCUGCUGUUAUCUCCUCUGUGGUUUCCCAGCGCUCUAAAGAAGUUUCAGAAGCCGCAAGACUUACAGAGGGGUAUAAGGCAGCAUUUUGGUUCCUAUUGGCGUUGAAUAUCGUUGCUUUUGGUGUUGGGGUUAUUGGCCUGCGGGGACUUGGCUGA